AUGACGGCAAACGAACCUCCAGCAGGCGGAGGUGCAUCCUCUUUGGCAGCUGAGGCAGAGGAGGUCUACCGUCAGCGGCAGCAGUUGGAAGAAAGAAUGGAGGCGCUUGCGAGCUUCCUAACUUCAGAAGGUAUGCCAGGCCUAGACGGCCCGUUAGUAGACGAAGAAGGCUUCCCUCGUUCAGAUAUCGAUGUGCAUGCAAUACGCGACGCACGGCAUCAGCUUGCGUGCCUUAAGACGGACUAUCGGGAGCUUCAGCGACGCCUUGAAGAUAUUCUCUUUCGUAUUCAUGGGGGAGCUGACAGAAGAAAUGCUGAUGAUCAGCCAGAUGCCGUUUCAGGUGGCCACCAACAACGAACGGAAGAAACAUCAAAUCAACAACAGGAACAGCCUCCACGACUACUUGAAGACGAAGGACCAGCAUUUGCCGUGGUGGACGUUGUCCACCCAGGAAGCCCCAGCAGUGCUGCUGGAAUUGUGGCCGGAGACAGACUCCUACGUCUGGGUUCUCUGCGCUUGUCACCUACUCAGCGUAGAUCAGAGGUCAGUAUAGGGGGCGUUUGUAACGGCGUUUCUGCCGCUACAACCCAACAGACGCGCUCCUUAACUGUAGCAGAGAUAUUUCAAAUGCUGCCUGCAGAAGUGGCGAACCAUGAGAACGAGCGGGUGGCUGUUGUGUUGCAAAGAGGGGGCCGUAUCCUCCCUCUGUGGCUAAUACCGAGGCGGUGGCAAGGUAGGGGCCUUCUUGGAUGCCACUUAAAGCCGUUGUAG